AUGUCGGAUAGAGAAGAAGUUGAUAGCGACUCCGGUGCUCCCGAGGAGUUUACAGUCCAGCAGGGAAUACAACAGGACGAGGAGAUUAGGAAAGUCCAAACAGAAAAUAAGGCGCGGGUUGUUCGCGAAGGAAAACAACGUCGUAAAAAGUGGGCUGAAAAGUUGACUCCAAGACCAUCACGCAGAGAUGGCAGCACCAAAAAUAAAACAAAAACCAAAACGGACGAAGAGUCUCAGGAUAACAAGGGAAUGCUACCAGCUGAUAUUGUCCAACACAUUGCAGCUAAUGAGAAAGCACGUAAUAAGAAGAAAGUGUUCUUAUCAGACUCUGAAGACGAAAAAGCUGAGAAGAAUGCUUCUAAAAGGAAAAAGAUAAAAGAUUCUAGGCUAGAUCUCGUUAUUAUGUUAAAGGACCGGCCUGCUCUAUGUCCACAAAGUUCACUGGACUUUUUGAAGAAACGAAAGAUGCAGGUUGCGAGAUCUUCUGAUGUUUUGAACAAUUCAAACCAAGCAUUGCGCCUCCUUUCCUCUUCUGGCUUGCUAAAGUAA